AUGGCAAAGGGGAGCCGCUGGCCAGAUGGGAAGAGUUCUGGCAAGGGCAAGGGCAGACCUCCAGACAACUACAAAACGGAUCUCUGCAAAUUUUUCGAGCGCGGGCUCUGCGAGAAGGGUAAGAUGUGCCCGUUCGCGCAUGGAAAAGAAGAGCUGCGGCCAUCAUCGUUAUCCGAAAACAAAUCGGACAUCAUCAUUGCCAACAAGCAGAAGGAUGCUGAGGUGAUGUCCUGGCUUAAGGAGCGAAGAGAAGCGGAAGGCGAUGCUGGGGAAACGUUUGAACAGCACUGGAAGGUCUGGUGCAAGGUUCACGGCUUGAAGGACUUGCCCAAAGCAGCGCGGCUGAAAAGCAUCCAUGCUUUCCGAGCACAGAUGGAGCCGCAUGAGCAGACGACUGCGCAGAGUGGUGGAGCUGAGCUCCCAGCGGUCCCAGCGCAUCCGAGCCCGACCUGUCCGCAGGGUCACAGGUUGGCAAAGUGCCUCGCCUCCGACGAGUACGAGUGUGAUGGCUGCAGCAUUGACAUUGGUCAUGGGUCAACGUUUUGGGACUGUCGCGAAUGUGACUACAGCCUGUGCGUGGACUGUGCAUCAAGCCGGACAGUUCAACCUGCUGCUCCAAGUAGAGACUGCAAGCCUCUUUCGUCUGCACAGCCAGCAACAUCAGAGCCUGCUGCCGAAGCUGCACUAGAACCGGUGAUGGAGACACCCGUUACGGAUAGCAUAACAGACAACAUCAAUUCUGCAGCUGCGCAUGUGUGGGCCUGCAGCGUGGAGGAAAUCCGACUCAAAGUCAAGAAUGCAAUCGAGGAUGGAUUGAAGCUGGGUGAUCUGAUUGGGCUGAGCUCCCAGCAGUCGCCGCUGAAGUGCACGGAACUAGUGAGGCAAUGUGAGGGGCGAUGUGCAGCUUUCAUAGGCCACUUCCUGUUUCCGGCCGCCCUUCCCAUUGUGGUUCAGACCUGUCUCAGUGAGCAGAACUUUGCUGGUGUCUGCCGCGCUCUGCAACUAGAAGCGCUCCUGCAGCUUGAGCCGGAUGGAGAGCUCACCACUCGGGCGUCCAUCGCCUCCUCGUUGUUCCUGGCCUUGUUUCGGGCAUCGCGGAGAUCUCCGGACAAUGCUUGCUUGCUGGUCGCAAUUGAGGCGAUGCUGGACUUUGUCUGUCUGGUAGGAACGAGCCACUUUGUUGCUAUGGGCGUGAUGAAAGCCGAUGCGCCCCUCGGAGAUUCCAAAAGCGACGCUGACAUCGAUAGUGCCGACGGCGCCGAUGGCGAAGAGGUCCUUUGGCAGAGCCAAGAUGCUGCAUCAGGUCAGCAGGCUCACGCCGAUGUGCCAGAGGAAUCUGAGGAGGCUGCACGAGCACGGCGUGUUCAAGCACAGCAGGAGCGAAAGUCUUCGCUUCGCUGGGACUACACCGGUGGUUACCGACCUGCAGAGGCUAAGCGUCCAGAGACCAACGAGGAGGCGACCCUCCGGCUCAUAAAUGCUCGGUGUAAGGGGCUGCGACUGGGAAGUGAAAAGGCAUCCGCAGAAGAGGGUGCUGAAUCGGAACCUUCGAGGUCAAAGCGUGAACCUCCGAGAGGGUCAACAGUCUCUGAAGAUCCCAAAGUUCCGAGAUUCAAGAAAGACUUGUGCAAGUACUUCGAAAGGGGACACUGUGACAAAGGGGCGCAAUGCACCUUUGCUCAUGGUUGGGAAGAGCUACGCGACGGUGGCAGCAAGGCAGCCUCCAGCAAUGGUUCGUUGGUCCACCACGGUCCUUCUUGGGAGAGUGGCCCUCCUCCUGCGGAUAAGGUCUACCGCAAAAAGAUCUGA